GGCAACUACUUCCGUGUGCGUGAUACCACGUGAUCAGUAUACGUUUACCUUCGACGUUUCGUAUUUUCCUGGAGGAGGCUUCGAGCGUGUCGUGAAAUUUUAAAAGCUUAAACCGACCCAAAUAUGGCAGAGGCUGACCGACCAGGGAAGCUCUUCAUCGGUGGCCUGGACACUGAAACUAACGAGAAGGCCCUUGAGAAGUACUUCAGCAAAUAUGGCAGAAUAGUAGAAGUUCUGUUGAUGAAAGACCGUGAAACGAACAAAUCAAGAGGUUUUGCUUUUGUGACCUUUGAGAGUCCAGCAGAUGCAAAGGAUGCUGCGCGCGAAAUGAAUGGGAAGUCACUUGAUGGUAAGCCAAUAAAGGUUGAACAAGCAACAAAACCUCAGUUUGAGUCAGCAGGCAGGCGCGGCCCACCCCCCAUGCGUGGCCGCGGUCCCCCGAGAGGUCCUAGAGGAUCUAGAGGAGCACCAAUGAGGGGUCCACCAUCCAGAGACUACUAUGAUAACGUAGGGAUUGUAGAACCCUUUUUCAAAGGGAUUUCGUCUAGAGGCCCUCCACCACUGAAAAGGGGACCUCCGAUUCGUAAUGGAGGCCCCCCACCCAAGAGACAUGCUCCUUCUCCAAUGGGCAGACCUUCCAUGUCUAGGGACAGGGACCCCUAUGGCCCACCCCCUCCCCGCAGGGACUCAAUGUCCAGAAGGGAUGAUUACCCAUCACCAAGAGAUGAAUAUUACAGCACAAAGGACAGCUAUUCUAGCCGGGAAUAUGUGAGUUCCAGGGAUACACGGGACUACGCACCAACGCCACGGGACUAUCCACCAAGGGAUUAUCCCCAAUCCAGUUCCCGUGAUGAAUAUGGGUCAAUGUCAAGGGGCUACAGUGAUGGUUAUGGUGGAGGCCGGGAACCCAAAAGCUAUAUGGAGCGCCCUAGUGCAGCCUCUUAUCGAGAGCCCUACGAUGGUUACGGUAACUCACGCAGCGCCCCACCCUCAAGGGGCCCCCAACCAUCCUACAAUGGCAGUGGCGGAAGCAGUCGCUAUGACGACUAUGGAAGCAGUUCCCGGGAUGGCUAUGGCAGUCGUGAAAGUUACCCCAGCAGUCGGAGUGAACCAUACCCUCCUAGCCGUGGUGAGCGAAUGGGUAAACAGGAGCGGGGGCCAGCACCCCCAAUCGAGAGAGGCUAUCCCCGUGAAGCGUACAGUGGCUCAAGUCGCGGGGCGCCCCGUGGUGGCCGCGGAGGCAGCAGAGUCGAUAGAGGAAUUGCCCGCAGCAGAUACUGAGAUGGAUAUGACAUCAGAGCGAUCGUUACACAAUGCCUGCUCAUUCACUACUUGUAUAGUGAGGGGAAAAAACUAGGGAUGUCAAAUUCCAUGGACAAGCUUAGGUUUUGAGCUGUUUAUCCUCAGCCUGUCAAUUUCUUUUUGUUUUAAGUGUUAAAAUUACUUGUUUUAUAUUUCCCCGGCCCAUGUGAUACCAUUGCCAAGUGAUGAGUGUUUAUUUUUUGUACAUUUAGUGCUGUUAUGUCCUGCUAUAGUCUUGGAUAUGGCUUUCAUACACUAAUAAAGUUUUUAACCAAAGAACUUUCGCAACGCUAAUGGAUGUUCAGAAAGAGACCAGAAACUGACAUGAAUGUACACUCAUAUCCCAGCGCACAUCUACAAGUUCUGUCCACUAGAGAUCAGUUGAGAUGCAGUUAACUGAAGCUUGUAGAUGACACUUAACAGUCCUGUACUUUCAGUCAACCAACCGGUUGUCUGAGGAUAAAGCAAAUGUGACCUUCCAAACUCUUCAUCGGUGUAGUUUUCUCUGGAUAUGGCUCCUUCACCAUAGAGCCAAACAAUGGUGGCUUGCAACGACCUAACCAAAGAAAGACCCCAACAACCAAACGCAAGAGUCUUUUCAACACGACUGAUAGUGUCAACAGCUGGUAAGCAAAGCAAACCUUUUUGUUUAUCGUCUGUGAAAUUAAUUUCAUGCCCAAUUAGUCUGCUCAAAUGGUUGGUGUGCGAGCCACUGGGUGCACCAGGAAAUGAAAUUAAACAAUGGCGUUCAAUUUAAAUUGUCAUAUUUCGUCAACCAAAUUCAUAUCAGCAACAUAAGGAGUUAUAUUUCGCUUGAUAAAUGAUGACUUUGCCACUAAACCUAGGUUAAGGGUCAACAGGUAACUUGUCAACAAUGUGCAGAAUCACGAGAUCACCUUUGCCGGAGACUUUUUCUUUUUCUCCAGCUUAAGUAUGGCAAAUUAGUUUAUUUUACUAAGGUGCAAUAUUCAUAAGGUGUUUUUAUGUACCAUGGAUUUAAUGUUCUUUUUUUAGUAAGUGGUGUAGUCAAAGCUCAUCUUGUCACAAGCAUGCCAACUCACAAAUGGAGACAACUCGGAAGACCAGCCAUGUCCUAACAACCAAACUGGGAAGUGAAUGGGAGCGAGAAAAUCACAUCGGACCAUUGACUUAUUUUCAAGGGAAACUGGCGGGUUGGGUUAUCAACUUUCUGUAAUACAAAAUCAAAUAAAUGGCAGGACAUUCAUUUAUAUUCUUGUUUCAGGUUGAGCUCUAAUGGAGCAAUCUCCUGGAACUAUUGCUGAUUCAAGCCUUCCUGUUGGUUGAUGUUGGACCAUCGCACAGCGAACCGAACAGGUACCUGUGCUGGCACCGCUCCCAAUUACAACUAAUAGUGGCAGGCGCCUGCAUGGAAACAGCCAACAUCAUUGGACACAAACCAGGCAGAGAAAUGAGACUCAAAAGGAAGGUCAUUCUAAUGUCUGGUCUAAAAAAAAAAAUACCUUCGAGCAGCGAAAAUUAUACUGUUCCCUAAAGCACAACCAUUCAUUGCUGGAGUUAAGCAACUUCAUUAAGAUGGUACACUAAAAUUGGAAUGCAGAUUCUGUUUGGUUUGCUGAGCCACAUUUGUGAUAGCCAGAUAUGGUGGAGCCCAUCAGAUAACACAAUUGUCUGUUUCCUGAUAUUGCAGUGGAAUUGGAAGCACACACAACCAUUGCUUAGAAUUCUCCAGUGUCUCCCAGGUGUGGACAGAAGAACAGUUAUUACAAAGAAUCGAAAGCAAAAUUAACCCGUGUAGUGUUUUCGUUAUUCACCUAAUGUCCGUGGGUCUGAUGGACAACAUUAUUGGGUUAAAACUAUACAGCCAUAACAAUGAACUUAGAUGUUGAAUCAAUUACACGUAAUAUAGACAGCAUACAUGGUUAAUAAUUGUUAUUUACCUCUGCUACAUCACAUUUAUCAAUAAAACUGCUGUUUUCUGUG